UGCCAUCCACAAGUCCCAAGACCGAAGCACCGCCAACCUUCCGCCUAACUAACCCAUCAGUCGUUUCGUUUGAGAGCAAGAAAUCUCCAGACCCAUUACAAUGGCGUCGAUUGUAAGCACGGCCGGAUUAGCUUCUUGCGGUCACAGAAAACCAUCAAUGGAGGGUUUGAAACUGAGUAGCAGAAAAGCUAUCACCUUCGGGACCCAAUUGGCCUACCCUGUUUCCUCUUCUUCUGGUUGUGGUUAUAGCAGAAGGAUGAAGCCCAUGGUUGUGGUGAAAGCAGAGGCUCAACACAUAAACCCUGAAAUUAGGAAGAGCGAGGAAAAGGUUGUGGACUCUGUUGUCGUCACUGAACUCUCUAAGCCCCUCACAGUUUAUUGCAGGUGUUGGAGGUCAGGGACUUUCCCUCUGUGCGAUGGAAGCCAUGUAAAGCACAAUAAAGCUACUGGUGACAAUGUUGGACCAUUGCUCCUCAAGAAGCAGUAAGCGGCAUUUCGAUGUUAGUAGAGGUAUUUAUUCGGAUGGGUUAGAUAUCACUUCACUAGUGUUGUUUUUAAAUGAAAAUGACUGUGUUUAUUUGAGAUCUGAACGAUGUGUGUAUUGUUAGAAUUUCAUGUAAGCAGUAUAAUCGUGACAUUUCAAAUAACGUACGAGUUGUACACUUUAUUUCACUCCUAA